AAGCAACUAACUCCCUCGUUGUUUUUCUAUUUUGUCUUCCCCGCACGAUCCGAUCCGUACAUAAAACCAUCCCCUCUCUACCACACCGACAUCAUGUUUUUAAGAAAACAGAGAAAUUUUUUUCUAAAUCUGCAAUUAAAACCCCUCCAAAACUAUUUUGACUGGUAAUCAUUUCAAAGGUUUGUUUGAUUCACUAGAAGGAGAAGAAAAUGGGAAAAUUUGAUGCUAAAGAUGUUUGCUUUAUCGUUUGGAAAAUUCUUAGAUUCUCAACGAAAACAAUUUUCAGAUACGUGAAGAGAUACCCAAUUGUUUCUGGUGUUUCUACGUUUUUGAUCAUCUUGUACACUUUUCUUCCUUGGGUUUUCUAUUUUUUGCUCUGUUCUUCUCCUUUGAUAGCUUUUGCUUCGUUUUAUAUACGGAAUCAUGAUCUGAGUUCGAAGAUUUGUGAUGAAGACAAGAGAAAGGAUCGUGGGUUAUCUACGAUUUCUCAAGAGGGAAGAACAGAGAAGGCUAAGUUAAAGCAUCAACAAAGUGUUAGACGAAAUGCAAGAAGGAAAGUUGAAGAGGUUGGGAAAGAUUGGGAUUCGUCUCAAGCUAGUGAGGAUGAGAGAGGUAAGGUUAUUCUGACUACUCUCUAUGGAGAAGUAUUACCGGAGACGAUUACACCAGAUAUGGAGAAAUUCAAGAGAGAAAGGACGUUGCUUGUUGCAGAAGAAAACGUAUUUGACUCUGUUCUUGACAAUCACAGAGAUCUUGUUGAAUUAGAGAGGCUAAUAAGUGUUGAUGGUGAUGAUGAAAGUGAAGUUGAAUGUUCAUCAUCAUCAUCAUCGGAAGGAGAAAAGGAAGAAGAAGAAAGGCGUGAAGAUGUAAGCAAGGUUGUAGUGGCGUGGACAGAGGAUGAUCAGAAGAAUUUGAUGGAUCUUGGGACAUCUGAGAUCGAACGAAACAAGAGGUUAGAGAAUUUGAUUUCUAGAAGAAGGUCAAGGAGAUUUUUCUUACUUGCAGCUGAAGGAAGCUUGAUGGAUGAUAUGGAAGUUCCUCGGAUUUGUAUUGGUCGAAACUUUUAUGGUUUCGAUAAAGGAAACUACGAAAUCGAUGGACUUGUCAUGCCAGGCUCUGCACCUUCCGUUUUAUUACCAAGAAGAAACCCAUUUGACCUUCCUUACGAUCCGUUGGAAGAGAAACCAAACCUAACAGGAGAUAGUUUUCAACAAGAGUUUGCUGAGACUAACCCUAAAGAUAUCUUCUUUUGCCGCCAUGAGAGCUUCCAUCACAGAGCUUUUCCAUCAGAAUCUCAAAAUGAUUCUAAAUUUACGUCUUUGUGGAGAAAUGUAGUUGAUGGUAGGCCUAGGCCACUACAAGGUAGCAAUAAUCAGGAACCUCUAAUGAAAGAGAGAGAGAAAGGAAAUGAUAUGGAGGCAGGAGAGGUACGGAUAGAGACAGAUUCCAUCAGAAACGAUGAUAGUGACUCGAACGCAUCGCUUUCUCCACGAGAAAGAGAGAAGGAUUUCAAUGUCUCAGACCAAUCAGAUGCUUCUGGAACUUUCUGCAAACGAAAUGAUCGUGUUGGAAACUCUGUUGCGGGUUUAGUGCCUAGAAGCAGUGGUUCGAGUUCACUAGCAACCGCGAGGCAAAGAUACAUGGAGCAUUUUGGUUACAAUACAAGAAAAUGUCAUAUGGUGACACAUUCUGUUGACUCUGAUCUUCAAGUUGAGGUUUCUGAACUUGGAUCACCUCCAACUUCAGUUGAUGGUAAUGACUCUGAUUAUGAAAGAUCUCUGUUUGUUUAUGAAUCGGAGAUGGGAAAAGAAAUGGGUUAUAAUGGUGUGGAAUCUGAAGUCUUACUUGUGGGGAAAGAUGAUCAAGAUCAAAAUGAAACAACUUCUUUAGCUUCUCCAGAAAAUGAAGAAGCAAGAAACUUGGAGCCCACGGUUCCUCAAUCGGAUUCCGCUUUCUUCAAAAGAGAUGAGGAGUUGAAGGAACUUUCCGAGAACUCAGCUGAUGAGAUAAAGAUAAGUUAUGACUCUGACGAACAUGAACCAUCCGAGAGGACGACUGAUCAAGAAUUUGAAGAACCUUAUGAGAGAAAUGAUGGAGAAGAAAGGCAACAACUCGUGGAAGCUGAAGCUUCUGAUGUAAAUCAUCAUGGAAACUCUGAAGAAUCUGUUACUUCUCCAAGAUCAGUGUUACCAGACAUGUUACAUCUAGACCAGACUGCUUGGGAGGUUCUGGAUCAUGCAUCUAAUGGUCAGCUGCAAAAUGUGGAUCCACCAGCUGAAUCAUCUCAUUAUCAAUUAGAUGGACGUAUUUAUGCCACAGGAACAAUUCAGGAGAAUCAAGAGGGAUUUGAAGUAACAUUCAAUGAUGAGUCUAAUUCUGCAGAAGACCACAGACAGUCCAUCGAUCCAUUGGCUGUAGAACUUGAGAACAAUCAAACCGAUGGAAUCAAUUGAUGAAAUGGUAAGCUUGAGAUAAUUUCGUUAAAUAAAAUCAAAUUGUUUUCUUAUGAUAUUUAAGACUCUUAUAAGCUUUUGGUUCUUACUUUUACAAGGAACACAAUCUGAUUCUCUUUCCUUUGUUCUCCAGUUCCGAUAGCAUUUACUGAAAGUCAACAAAGAACCAAGUCAUUUUGGUUUAUAGACUCAAACACCAAAGAUAGUUGCAGAUACCAAAUUUACAGUGCUAAUAUGCAUUGUUAAAAAGGCGUAAUGAAUGAUAAGGUUUUCUGUAGAUAGGAAUUUUAUGUUUUUUGUCGUAUAAUAAAAUGUAUGUUUCAUACAAAAGUAUAGCGAGAGAGUGUAUAGGUUUCUUGUUGUAUGUUUUGCUUCCUUAGAGCGCAAGGCAUAUGAGGAGAUCCUCUUAAAUCAUGUUUGUUUUCUUCAGCUAUAUAUUUUCAAAUCCAACGGUUAACUAAA